AUGGGGUCUACCGGAACAAGCACGGCUCAGACGAUGACUGGGAAAAUCACCGUCAUUUCAGGAUCGUCCAGAGGAAUCGGCGCAGCAAUUGCUUUGGAGCUGUCCAGUCGAGGCGCCUCAAUUGUCCUCAACUACCCUUACCCCGAUCUCAAGGCAGAAUGCGAUAGUGUGGGCGCGCAACUCAAGACCGACUGGAUCUCCGCCUGUGCUGACCUGUCCACCGUGGAUGGACCCGCGGACUUGAUCCGUCAAGCCGUCGAGCGGUUCGGCCACAUCGACAUCCUCGUCAACAAUGCCGGCUGGGUCCCCAUGGCGCCGCUGUGGGAGUCCGAUGUCGAGACGUGGGACAAGGCCAUGUCGCUGAACGCACGCAGCGCGUUCCUGCUCACGAAAGCCGCCCUGCCUCAUCUCACGCCGUACACACCUUCGAACCGUCUUGACGCAGCCGGCGCGACGAACGGAUCACGCAUCAUCAUCGUCGGCUCCGCAGCCUCGCGCACUCCCCGCGAGAACCAGGGCAUCUACGCCGCCACGAAAGGCGCACUCGACUCGAUGAUGCGCGUCUGGGCGAAAGAGUUGCCGCCAAAGUACGGCUGCACGGUCAACGUGGUCGGGCCUGGGCCGGUGUUGACCGACGCGUUCAGACAGAACCUGGGAGAUCACUUUGACGAGGUGCUGGAAGCCGCCUCGCGGGAGACGCCGGUCGAAGGAGCUUUUGCGGCGGUGGAAGAUGUCGCUUGGACUGUGGCAUUUUUGGCCGAGGAGAGGUCAAAGUUCAUCAAUGGGGCAUUUAUGAUGCUCUCGGGAGGAAGAUAUAUGCAAUGA